AUGUCCGCUGUCUGGACUUGCUUCAUGUUUAUCAUUGCGUCCACAAUAGGCGUGGAGGACAGCCUCUACCAAAUUGACUUCCAACAACUUUUCCAGUCCGUCGAACUCAACCUCAAUACCGACGCGGACGAGACCAGCAGAUACGCACCGUGGUCGUUCAAGCCAGUCUGCACCCAGACACUCCCGUCGGUCGGCAGCGAACUGUGCGUGUACACAAAUGCAACAUUCGCCAACGGACGAGGAAUCUCCAUAUUCACCACAACCCAGAUCGCCGAGCAGACCACCACUUUACCGCCCUUCAACGAUAGGGACGUUCUCUCUCCUCUCCUCAAUACUGAUUCAGGGGCGUGGUACACUCAGCCCAUCUCGAACAAGGGCAUCGGCAUGUUCGCGAAACGCCCUCUCCGACGUGGCGAUGUGAUCGUAGCAACCACGCCCGUCCUGGUCGCGUAUUCCGAGAACCUCCUCUCGCCAGCCGAGCGGGAAAGGUACCUCCAGGUCGCAAUCCACCAGCUGCCUGCGUCGACGCGAGAAGCGUACCUCAACCUCACCACUGUCCACGGCAACCCGGAGAUCCUGAUGCAAGACAUCGCCGCGGCCAACACGUUCGCCAUCCAACUGCACGGGCAAAAGCACUUGGCAGCCUUCCCGGAACCUUCGCGAAUCAACCACGACUGCGCGCCAAAUGCUCAGUUUCACAUCGACACGGCCACGCUGACGCACUACGUCCGCGCCGUCCGACCGAUCCCGCCGGAUGAGGAGAUCAGCAUCGCGUACACCAACCCGCUCGACACCUAUGCACAACGCCAACGAUAUCUCCGCCAAUCGUUCGGAUUCGAGUGUACUUGUCGGCGGUGUCGGCGCGGCGGAUCCGGCGAUGACGCUCUUGACGAGCUCAAUGCACUGCAGGCGAGCUUGGGCGACUGGACGGCCGAGUCAAAAGCCAGCGUCGCGCAGGCGGAGCGGCUGAUCAAGCUGUACCAGGAUCAAGGCCUGGAUGGGUAUCUGGAUCCGGCGUACUGUCAUGCUGCGCUGAUGUAUAGCUCUGUGGGCAGUGUGAAGGGCGCGAGGAAGUACGUCGAUCUGGCUGUCGACGCGAUUGAGUUGAGAUUGGGAUCGUAUGCGGAUCAGGAUGAUCUCGGAGUGUGGAAGGAGAUGCGCAGAGAUCCGAGCAAGCAUUGGAGUUGGAAGGCGAGGAAGAAGCAGAGUCGCGCGGAACUGAAACCGAAACCGAAGCUGUAGAUGAGAAGCGUCGGGGUAUAGGAGUCUAUUUGAUAGAAGGUCGCUAAGUUUCUAGUUGUC